AAUCGUGUAAUGACUUUAACCAAGGCAAAGAGAAUGUAACAGUUAGUGUUCAGUUGUCUUUAGUGUAGGUAAACGUGUGGUUAUAACAAACUACUGUUAAUUAGCCAGAUACAAAAUAGCUAGGAUAGCAUGGCUAAUUAUUGUUGUCAGUGUUUGGCAACAUGAUGGUGGCUAGCUAGCACUCAACGUGGAUAAUAGUUUGCCAACAGCGAGUCAACGUUUCCUACGAAGGGGGUUUAUGAAACAGAAAGGCAGGGUUUUGUUCAAGUCAUCAACGUAUGAAUUGGGCAUGACACAACUAGCUAACGGUAGUUGUUAAAUAACUGUUAAUGUUAGUAAGGAUUGUAGGGAGAGCGUCAACUGAAAUAAGAGAUUGGAAGAUGAGCACGUGAAUCGUCUAAAGCAGAACAUUCCAAUCAUGGAGCUCUACUGGUACAUAGUUGUCAUAGUAUUUAUCAUCAUCAAGAUCUUCUUCUACAUCUGCUGGUACCGGACGAGGCAGAGGCAGCUUGCAGCAUACCUGAGCAACCCCCGCAAUGCCCAGAUUGUGAUUGUGGGAGGUCGGGCUUACCUGCACCAGAUGUGUGAGAGGCAAAAUACGUCAAUCUGGCCCAGCUGGUACGGCGGGCAGGAUGAAGGCUCGGUGGGCGAGCCCUCGACCUCGCUGCCUCCGGACUCCUCCUCACACCUGGACAUGCCGCCUCCGUACGAGGCCGUCUCUGGAGCCAAUGACCUGAAGCCGCCUCCGUACAGCGAGUAUGCCAUGCCAGAAGCGGCAGAAGAAGCAGCCGGAGCCCCGCCCAUCGCCAUACCAGACAGCACAGACGCCAGCAGCUUCUCCGAGGCCCCGCCUCCGUACACGCCCAGUGCCACCUCGCCAGCCAAUCAGCAGCCGGGCGGUGGCAGCCAUAGCCAAUUGCGGUCAGAGGAGAGACUGUGAUAGCGGUGCCUCUUCCUGAAUCCGUGUUGUCUUAUGCACAUAAUGCCGACGAUGGCCAACCUGCACUUCCAAUUAGUUCAGCUUCCUGCCUGCCUCUCACCCCGCCCUCUGAUGAUCUAUUUUCAAUACACUUCCCUCUUUUUACUCGUGCUGUUACAAAUAAUUUACCCAAAAUAAAACGCUAAGAUUUUGCUCUUUUGGAGUGUCUUGUCCACGAUCUGCUCCCUGCCUGAGCUGCAGAACAUUUAGUAGUGUUGAUUGCACGACUCCUUGACCCUGAAAGCAUAUGGAGAGUCUCAUCAAGACAAUGACCCCUGUUAUGCAAGGCUCGAGCUCCACUGCCUGUUAUGAUCCUCUCUGAAGUAUAACUGGUGCUCUGAUCGCAACCAAGCCCUAUGUUUUUUUUUUUCACAGAAUAACCAUGGAGUCCGUUCUCUUCUCCUACAACUUGUACUUGUGUCCACAAUUAUGUAGACACUUGUUUCAUCUAUGUAUACCAGCUUACAUCAGCUUAAAACUCAGAGAAAAUGCCAUGUGAUUUGUGCAGUGAUACCUUGUAUUAUUUUCUUAAAUACAAAAAAAAACUUGUUGCAUUUUUGUAAGUGUCUAAAAGUUGACUUUCAGAAUAUGUGUAAAUAUACAAUUAUAUCUAUCUCUUAACAAGCGAUCCUAAAAAGCAGGCCUUGGUAAUCUGUGGGCCUGAAAGUGCAGUGACUUCUGCAGAAUUGCAUCUUGGCUCCCUUUGAUAUUUUCUCACAGUGAUUUAAAAGAACAAAACCGAGCAGGAAGAUUCGCAGCUGGCACCACUGGUGACGUCAGUGCAGCAUUUAUUGAUUUAAACGUUAAUGUGGAGCGCGCUUACACCCGUCCCCGGUAUGUCUUCCUCACAAGCACGUUAAGGCACGUUAGAUUAGGAGAAACACGAUUGGGGUGUUCAUGUUUUGCUUGUGGGUGUGCUAUAAAAAAAAAUCACUGCAGGUUCAACUCCAGUCUAAAGCACAACUGGAUCAGUUAAGAAAGGCCUGUUUGUUGUUCGUUGUUUGGUUAGCAUUCAGGUGAUAGACCCGUGGCAAAAACGGUGGUGGUGGUGGUGACUGGAAAAAACUGGUUUAUUGACUUGAACUGAGUUGCCAACACCAAGCCAAGGCAUGUGUCUCAGUGGGCUUAGACUGUUAUAUCAAAGAAAGUCAGUCGCGAAAAUCUUCACGGGCUAUAGCUUAUUAAUGUAUGUUUAAUUAAUGAUUGUAGUCAUACUCAACAUUAGAGUCAUGUGGGUUAGAAGUUUCGUCUGACUGACUGUGUGCUUGCCAUUGUUACACGAGAUGUCACGAGGAAAACUGUGUUCAAAUUGUAAUGUUUUCGUGUUUGUAUGAUGCCAUUUUGUUAUGUUCAUGGUGGUUUUGUUUCACAUAACAUGUCAUGAAAUUAUACGAGAUAAGUUUUAAUUCUGCAUAUCCAACAAACCAUUUCAGAAUUUUUUUUGUGUUGACAUGCAUACUCUUAACAAAGUGAGACAAUGUCAUGUAAAUGCUCACUUUACUCCUGUAUAACCCCUCUUUGUAUAGACUAUUUUUAUAUUUGUAAAAUACCGUCAAUCCUCAGUCAGUGUGAAAUAUAAUCCCGCAAUCAGUGUGAAAUAUAAUCACCACUCUGGUUCCCGACGAGGUUGUGAGGUGAAUAACUAAUUAAAAGUCCUGCCGUUUUGACAGUAACAUUUAUAUUUGAUUCUUUUUUUUUCUGUGUUGAAAUGCCAGAAAUAAGUUUUUACCCACAUAUUAUUUUUUCAGCUUUUUUUUCAAUUGAAGAAUGAUUUGUGUCAUGUUUUGCUCAGAGGUAUAUUUUGAAAAUGCAACAAUUGUGCAGGGACUUAUCUUACUAAUAAUACCACAUCAACAUGUAAGAACUGUUAGUGUUGCAGAUAUGUAUUUCAUUUUGCUAAUAAAUUCACUGUUGGUAUAUA